UUGGCCAACAAAAUACAAUACUAAAGGCAUUUUUGAUCUGUUGCUGAAUAUUUGGUAAAGUUAAAAUACAGAAGAAAACUACAAAAAACUUCUAUCAGAUUUGUUUGAUCCGAUAUUCUCCAAGUAUGCCUCUCUUCUACUUCGUGCGUGAAUCAGAAAAUAGAAGAGAGUUCUACUUCGUCGAGAUGCCAAGAGCAAAAUCUCAAGGUGAUGUCGCUUCUAGCAGUAAUCAUAUUGAAGAAGGAGAGAGCUCUUCUAAUUCUAAAGGAAGCAAAGGUAAGACUUCUAGUUCAGAAUAUUUCAUGUCAAACUAUGAAAAUCUUCCUGAUCAUCUCAAGUCAUGCUUAGAUUAUUGUUUCAUCAUCACCUUUAGAUAUGGUGUAGACAAGGAAAAACUUCCUAGGCUUCUUUUGGCCGCAUAUACAGUACCAGAAAAAUCGGGGGAAAUCAUGGAAGAUGUAAUAGAAAACAUUAUUGAGGAGUUUGUUAGAUUGCAAAUGCUUCAAGAAAAUUACCAUGCUGAAGUGAAAGUUUCUGAACCAUAUUUUGAACUUUUCCUUGUUGAAGUGGAUGAACAAGAUUUUGUUGCUAAAGCUGCAAACUUACCUGUAUAUGCUGUGAUUGAAGAUGAUGGGAAGGACAUUCCUCCUAACUUCAAAAGCCUUCAAAUUCAUUCUUUGUUUUUGAUUACUGCUGAGCGACGUGCUCCUUCUUCCGUUUCUGCUCGAGGACUUUCUCGGGCCUACAUGGAAACUUUUUGCAGGCUGCAAUCCCUGGUGGUUUUAGGUUUAGAUGGCGAGGUGGAGUGCUUGCCUGAUAAAGUGGGAAGCCUAAUUAAUCUCAAGUAUUUAGAGGUGCGGUGGUCAAAUAUAGAUGACCUUCCAAGGACCUUAAAUAAUCUUCAGAAACUGCAAACUUUGGAUGCAAGAUGGAAUAGAUUUAGAAAUCUACGUGAACUUCCAAUAGAGAUGUUAAAUUCUCGACAGUUGAGGCACCUUUUGAUGUCCCAUACAACCAACAAUGGUGAAAUUAGAGUUUCAAAAGGCUUUGCAACAAUGGUCAAUCUUCAGACUUGUGAUGGAGUGUAUGCUGGAGGUGGGAUUGCUAAUGAAUUGGGUGCCUUAGUCCAACUGAAAAAACUUGGUGUUAAGCGUAUCUCUGAAGAUCAUGCUAGUGAUCUAUCUGCAGCCAUCAUGAAGAUGUCAAAACUUGUCUCCUUGUCCUUGGAAGCAGAAGGAAGUUUCUUUGAUGAUACACAACUUCUUCCUGAAAUCGAACAACUUUCUCCUCCACCGCUUCUUCGGGAGCUUAUUUUAAGUGGUGGACUAGUUGAAAUUCCCAAAUGGAUUUCCUCCAUGGAAAACCUUACCACUCUAGGAUUAUUUCAGUCAAAGCUAUUGGAGAACCCCAAUUCAGUCCUUCAGUUUCUUCCAAAAUUAAAACAUCUCCGUCUACAGGAUGCCUAUAAGGCAAAAUGCAUUGGUAAAGAAUUUUGUGAGGCAGGUGGUUUCCCAAAGCUGGAAACUCUAUCAAUUGUAUCUCGGACUCUAGUGGAGUGGACUGAGAUUGUAGAAGGAGCUUUUCCAAGUUUAAGGCGUCUCAUUUUCUGGAACUGUUGCAGGUUGAGGUUUCUUCCUGAAAGUUUACAGAAUAUUUCUACACUUCAGGAAUUAAUUUUGUUUAAUACACACAAAGAUCUUGCCAGGAAACUUAUUGGUCAAGAGAAUUACAAGAUUAAGGACAUUCCAAAAGUGAUAAUCUAUUGACCAUAUCAAAGCAUGUAACCAGGAUUAAGGAUGUCAGGCUUUUGUGUUAAAUGUUUUAUGCUCCUUCGUCAUAUAUGCUUGGAGUUUACAGAUUACGAUGUUUAGGCAUUUCCUUUUCUUAUAUUCUUACUGAUACUUUUGAAUGUCUACUAAAAUCAUGUAAAAUAAGAUCCCAUGAUAAUCUUUUAAUCUUACAAAAUGAAUUGUUCCUCCUUCAUGGAUGCAAA